AACAAAGAAAAUCAAAACAAAGCCGAUAUGAAGGCGGCACAUGGCGAAGAAAUAGAACAGACAUUUUUGCCGGGCAGGACGAAAAAGAGAUUACAAGCAAGCAACAGAAAGUAACGGCGAAAGAAACACCAAGUGACGUACAGUGAGCCUUGCACUGAUCUGAAGAUGCCGCGGACUAGAAGACUGACUAAAGGACAGGGAUCUCAGAGUAUUUUUAAAAGAUUCAAGUACGACGUUGCACAUUCCACUGAUCAAGAAUUAUUGAACAGCCAGCUGAGGAACGCUUUGCGCUCAAGCGCACCACCAACACACAUUCAGAACUUGUUGCUACGCGGUGCAGACGUCAACUGCGUUGAUUCUUUGGAUUACACCCCUCUUCUUCUGGCUCUGACUGCUUCGCCAUCAGAAAACAUGCUGGACACCGUACACCUCCUGUGCGAGUUUGGAGCGAAUGUUAAUUACAGCAACGGCGUGUUCUUUGGUGAAACACCGCUUCAUUUCGCCGCAACGCUUAACGAUUACGCGUUCAUAGAGCUACUGUCUCGUUAUAACGCAAAUGUGCACGCGCGGAAUCACGCGGGAUACACGCCCUUGCACGUGGCGGCGCAAAGUGGUAACGAAGCUAGUGCAACCGCGCUUUUUCUCUGCGGGGCGGACUUAAACGUUCAAGAGACUUACUGUGGGUAUACUCCUCUACACUUGGCCGUGAUUGGCCAGUUUGAACACGUUGUCAGGGCAACGGUGUCACUUGGUGCGAGGAUUAGCCAAUCGGAUAACUGCGGUUUAACUGCCAUUGACAGGUGUAACUCAAGAGAAAUCCGGGAAUUUUUAGUAGGUGCUCUUCAUCCGGAGAUGUCGAGUCUCCAGUCCGUGUGUCUUUCGAUUGUAAGAGAAAAAACAAGAAAAUCUUCUGGAGUAUGUGGCUUUGACGAUCUACCUCUUCCCUUUACAAUGAAAAGAAGAUUGAAACUUCAGAAUGGUUUAGCAGCAUGUUGAAGGCUACCUAUAGCAAUUUUGUGAUUAGAACUAAAUUUAUUUCCUUUGAUCAGGAGGAUGAAAAAUUAACAUUUUAUCUCCUGGGUUACCUUC